UAAUCUGUGGACCUUCAUCAUGAACUAAAACACCAGCAAAGCAACAAAGCAGCAAAUCCCUUGGACAGUUUCGUUUUCAUAUAUACUGACAGGAAAGACUAAAAUUAAUAUAAAAAAUAAAAGAUUUCGAUGAUUGCUAGGUUUUACUUUUUCUUUCUAAUUCUCGAUCCACAAAGGAAACAUUUUUCUCAUAAACUUUCUUACGCUUUUUUUUUUCUCUAAAACAGUGAGUGUGUAUGUUUCCCUCUCUUUCUAGCUUCAAGGCUACAUUAUUUGCUCAAAACAAGGGCGGAUUUCCUUAAUGCCACUUCUUAGUUACGCGUAGGCAGCCUUGUUCAACUUCACAUCCUUUGAGAUUUGGUUUCCUUAUAUCCUGCGAACCCGAAAGCAAAAAAGAACAACAGCAACAAAAAAACAACCAAUGUGUAGCAACAAUACAAGCAACAACGUUGGUGUGGGAUGGGUUGCCAAUGCGAGUGAAGUGCUGGGCGUUCAUGGCGAGUAUGGAAGUUGUAGUUCAAGGAAGGAGAAGAACCAAAGAAUCCCCAAAAGAGGACCUGGAGUGGCUGAACUAGAAAAGAUAUUGCGAGAACAAGGGAAAAGCGAUGGUAUAGAGAAAGGAAAUAUAAAUAAUGGUGGGGUCCCUUCUUCAUGCGUAGCUCCCUCAAAUUCUUUACCAAGAAGGGCUACUACUUAUCUUCGUAACAUUCCUAGCCCUAGGACUCCACCACCUCUUCCUCCUCCUUCGAUGACCCUCCAUGUUAACGGAACUGGUGCUGAAAAUAUGUGCGGUAACAGUCGUAGUAAAGGUGUCUAUAUUAGCGGAUCCGGUAUAUUUUUGCCUGAAAAAGUCUUUUUGCCUGUAACGUGGGGCUCCUCUGAGACAAGGGACGGCCCGGAACCUGCUAAAAUGGCUGCUGGUUUUUCAUUUCCCAAUCCCAAACUUGUCUCUAACCGAUCUGAUCAAAACAUGUUUCCUCCUCCUAUGUUGCAAAUGAACCAUGGCACUUGCGCCCAUCCUUCAAUGAUUGGCAUAAAGAAGUUCAAACAGAUGAAUCUUUUUCCGAGAUCAGGAAUUUCAUCUUCUUCAUCAUCCGCAGGGGUGUAUCAGUAUCAUCACGUAGAGCUCCCUUCAACCCAAAAAUCUUGUCACAGCUACAUAUCUACAGUACUGGCUGAGAAACACAAGGCAUGUGUAAAUUUAAUUACCGUCCAAUUUUUAGUUAUAUUUGUAUUAAUUAUAUACUUUUGAUUCUUUUUAAUGGAAAUCAGAAAAUCUGUAUUCUUUAUUAAAUAUACACAAUAUAUUUCUUUCCUUUGAAAUGCCGACGUUUAAUCUAUUAGCCAAAUGCUUGCAUUUUUCACUUUUCUUCAACUGUUUCCAUUACCCAUUUCGAUGUGGAUUCUGCUCUUUGUUUCACUUUAAGGAUGCCUUAAAAAAGAAAGUAAAAAAAGAUACCAACAUUUGUUUCUCAAAAGAAGUAUUGCCUAAAAAUUGUAUAGGUAAGCUAUCUGAUCUGAUAUCGUUUUGCUGAUUGGGAAGGUAGAGCAACUGCGACUAUAUGAAGUCUUUCCUAAUGUCAAAAUUUACUUAUUUUAAUUAGAUAAUCGAUGGCAAGCGAUCAAGGCCUAAUUUCCCUGUCGAGAACUGGCCCCCACCUCCCCCUUUCUACUCUCAGAUUUCCGGGCUUAAUCCUUCAUCUUCGUCUACCAACAAUGGUGUUUGUGUGUUCAAUGUUGGAAAUAUUUACAGAGGCUCAAUCGCAAGUAGCCCUUUGGAGCUGAAAGCGAAACGACGCGGUAAUGAGGAUGGGAAUCCUAAUGACAAUGAUAGUGCCCUCACCUUAGGCCCUCCUAUAACUUCUUCGUCCUCAACCCAAAAUUGUCAACAAGACUUGCCCAAAUACACCAAGCAGUUCACUUUCCAAGAAAUGAAGGAAAACACUGAAGAACAAAGGGGUGCAGCUGCAACAGCGGAAGCCACACUUGAUCUAAAAGAUGGAACAUAUGAUUGUAAAGAAAAAACAGCCGAUUUUAUUGAUCUUAACCUAAAGCUGUAAAUUAGUUAUGGCCUCUUUUAAUUAGCUAGUGAAUGUAGUCCCAAAAUUAAAUAUAUAGUAUUUACU